AACCAGUGGCUAGAAGAAAUGAGUUGGUCGAGGUUAGCCAGUUCCAUAAUACCGAUGGCUGUUGGCUAUGGGGCUCAGAAAGUCACAGCAAUGCUGAUCAACAAAUUCAGAGAGAGAAAGAAGGAGAAAACCAGAAAACUCCUGGAAUGUAAGAUAAAUGAAGCCUUCCAGGAGCUCAAGGGUAAAAUGAAAGCCUUGCAGGAAUAUCUCCAAAAAUUACAGGAGUGCAGACAGAAGGAGCAUCAGCUCCUCAGAGCAUACCUGGAGGAGAACCAAGGAAAGGAGGGGAACUUGGCAAGGGUCCUGUUAUCUAGAAUGGAGAAUGGAGUCCAGACACUCUCCCAAAGAAUUCAGACUCUGCAAAACGAUGUACAAGAAUGGCCAGAGACCACAAAGUAUGAGCUUGAACUUCUCAGAGCAGACCUGGAGAUGAACCAAGGAAAGAAAGAGGAGGAAAUUUCAAGGGCCCUGGUAUCCAGAAUGACUUGGAAAUUCCAGCAGCUCUUUCAAAGAAUUGGAAGUUUGGAAAAAGAUUUACAGAAAUUGCUGAAGUCAUCACAGCAUGAGUUUCAGCUUCUCAGAGCAGGGCAGAAGUAACAAGGCAUGGUUGUAGGAAGGUGCAUAAGAAGACGAGUGGUGCAAUACAAACACACAGACAACUUCUGCAUGGAUGAAAUAUUGAUCACUGAGCAAAAUGGGAGCCUGGAAUCAAUUCACGAGUUUUUGGAGAAAUCAUUAUAAUGUAUUGUCUCUAUCGCUUUAUUUCAUACUUCUGGUUGUGGUUGAAGAAAUAAUGGAGCUGGAAUGGAAAGGUCCUCAGAAAAGAGGACCUUUUCAAGAAGGUUGUAUGUUGCUUCCUACUUUUUCCGUCCAGCCUUCAUUGCAUUUUUCCUGAGCUUGACCUCCCACGCUGCCUGCAUUUCCAGGGCUCACUGUGUGGGGAAAUUCUCAUGCUGCUGGAAGAGGUAGAUAAUUUUUAGGGCAUUCACCUCCUGUGAUUUGGUUUCUAAUCCUCCUGUGUCAUGGCAGAUACAUCGACCGUGUGGUACCAACAAAAGAUGGAAACAGCAGCCAAAGGCCACCCAAAGCAGAGCAGCUGCAAGACCCAGCAAGUUCUACACCAAAUGUCAGGGAGGAGUCCUGGGAAUCUUGGACUUCGAAUAUUGUAGCAUUCCAUGUAUACAAAGAAUCUGGGAUGUACUGUAGUAUGGGAAUCAUUUCAUCUGGAGAAUGAAGUGUUCAGUUGCAGUUAUGAUUUUUAUGUUGCAUGUUUACUACAUUCACAUUACCCAUCUUCUUUUCUGCUUCUGUUUUUAAUAAAUCUAUAUCAAUACAAGUUUA